CCCUGGCGGGAGGCUGGACAGCCCUCUGAAGAGAUCGUAAAGGCACUUUGUGCGUGCAUCCAUCUGUAUGACUGCAACAAGAAGGAACCGGGAUGAUGAAGGUCCAUCAUGUACUACUCCUCAUCUCCGCAGCUGGGCUGGCCCUGUGCUAUGAACACGAGACUCGCCUCGUCGAGGACUUGUUCAAGGACUACAACAAGGUGGUGCGCCCAGUGGAGGACCAUCGGGAUGCCGUCGUCGUCACCGUUGGGCUACAGCUCAUUCAGCUUAUUAGCGUGGAUGAAGUAAAUCAGAUUGUAACAACCAACGUACGCCUGAAACAGCAAUGGACAGACGUCAACCUCAAGUGGAAUCCAGAGGACUACGGUGGCGUGAAAAAAAUCCGCAUCCCCUCAGAUGAUAUCUGGCGGCCUGACCUUGUUCUUUACAACAACGCAGACGGUGAUUUUGCCAUUGUUAAAUACACCAAAGUCCUUCUGGAGCACACAGGCCUGAUCACCUGGACACCACCAGCUAUUUUUAAAAGUUACUGUGAAAUUAUAGUCACGCACUUCCCAUUUGACCAGCAGAACUGCAGUAUGAAGUUGGGAACUUGGACGUAUGAUGGUACAGUGGUUGUUAUUAACCCGGAGAGUGAUCGUCCAGAUCUGAGUAACUUCAUGGAGAGCGGAGAGUGGGUGAUGAAGGACUACCGCGGCUGGAAGCACUGGGUUUACUACGCUUGCUGCCCUGACACCCCCUACCUGGAUAUCACCUACCACUUCCUCAUGCAGCGCCUGCCUCUCUACUUCAUCGUGAACGUCAUCAUUCCCUGCCUGCUCUUCUCCUUUUUAACUGGGCUAGUUUUUUAUCUACCCACAGAUUCAGGUGAGAAAAUGACUCUCAGCAUCUCUGUCCUGCUGUCUUUGACUGUGUUCCUUCUGGUCAUCGUGGAGCUGAUUCCCUCCACCUCCAGCGCAGUGCCUCUGAUAGGCAAAUACAUGUUGUUUACAAUGGUGUUUGUCAUCGCUUCAAUCAUCAUCACGGUCAUCGUCAUCAACACCCACCACCGCUCCCCAAGCACUCACACCAUGCCGCACUGGGUCAGGAAGAUCUUUAUUGACACAAUCCCAAACGUCAUGUUUUUCUCUACAAUGAAACGACCUUCCAGGGAUAAACAAGACAAAAAUAUUUUUGCAGAAGACAUUGAUAUUUCUGAAAUUUCUGGGAAGCCAGGUUCUGUGCCUGUCAACUUCUACUCCCCGCUUACCAAAAAUCCAGAUGUGAAAAAUGCUAUAGAGGGAAUCAAAUACAUUGCGGAAACAAUGAAAUCAGACCAAGAAGCCAGUAACGCUGCAGAAGAAUGGAAGUUUGUUGCGAUGGUGGUUGAUCAUCUUCUCCUUGGCAUAUUUAUGCUAGUUUGUAUUAUAGGAACAUUAGCUGUAUUUGCUGGUCGCCUUAUUGAAUUAAAUCAGCAAGAAUGA